UCAAAAGGGGUUUUAGGGUUUAGGAAACUUCUCUCGCACUAGCACUUACAGUCACUCUUUCUCUCACUACUCUCUUCAAAUUUCUACCGAAAUUGAAGAUUCGGACGAUUACAAUGUGGGCGAUUCGCAGAGCAUCCGUACAUCUCAGGAAUCGAGGAUUAAGCUCAGGGACUGGUCGAAUUAGCAUCGGGAAAUCAGAGAUAGAAAGAUGUUAUUUCGAAAAUUGCAAUGCUGGAAUCAUCGAACCUCAAGUAACGUCAAUCGGUGGACUGCUAUCUUCCACAAGAUCGUACAACACAUCGUCAAGCUCUCUAAAGUCGCGUGGUGCAGUUCUCUCUUUCUCGUCACAGGCGGGUGCUGAUAGCAGUGAAGAAGACAAAGACGAUUUGGAGGAUGGUUUUUCCGAGCUCGAAAGUCCACUCGACACAGCCCGAAAAGGAAGUGAGAGCGAUGAUGAUCUAAGCUCUAAAUCGGAUCUCUCUGAAGAGGAAAGCAUUUUGGAUGAUAUACAGGAUGUAUUGGAAACAAAAAUCGGUGGAGGGAAAAGUUCAGCAAGAACUAGAGCUGAUUCAGAAAUGACUAAAGCUAUCCUAGCUGCUCCUGCCUCGUCUGUGAACACGGUUUUGAAUAAAUGGGUUAAAGAAGGAAAUGAAGUGACGCAGUUAGAGGUGUCGUUAACAAUGCUUCAUCUUCGGAGACGAAGGAUGUUUGUCAAGGCCUUGCAGCUGUUAGAAUGGUUGCAAUCAACGAAAAAACUCCAAUUCCUUGAGAGUCAUUACGCUUCCCGUCUUGAUUUAAUAGCAAAACUGCGUGGUAUUGCAAAGGCAGAGGAAUACCUUAAGCAGAUUCCUGAUUCCUUCAGAGACGAAUUAGUUUACCGUACCCUUUUAGCCAAUUGCGUCACUGCCAACAACGUGAAAAAAUCCGAGGAGCUUUUCAACAAAAUGAAAGACUUGAAAUUCCACACUUCGUGCUUCUCCUGCAACCAAUUGCUACUCCUGUACAAGAAAACCGACAAGAAGAAAAUCGCCGACGUACUUCUCUUGAUGGAGAAAGAAAACAUCAAACCAUCCCUCUUCACUUACCAAGUCUUGAUCGACGUAAAAGGGCAGUCGAAAGAUAUUAAAGGGAUGGAACAAAUCGUCGAGACAAUGAAAUCCGAAGGGCUGGAACCUAGCACUCAAAUUCAGGCAUCAUUAGCUAGGCACUAUGCUUGGGCUGGAUUAAAAGACAAAGCAGAGUCCGUCUUAAUAGAAAUGGAAGGUGGAGAUAUAUCCAAGAAUCGUUGGAUUUGUCAAUGGUUGAUUCCAAUUUACGCAACCCUCGGAAAAGCAGACGAAGUGGAAAGAAUCUGGAAAGUCUGCGAGCCCAACUCACGGUUCGUGGAAGCCAUGGCAGCCAUUGGAGCUUGGGGGCAUCUCGGCAAUAUCGAAAAAGCCGAGGCGGCGUUUGAUAAAAUUGUUGAAAAGAUAAAAAAGCCCUCUUCGAAGCACUUCAACGCCCUUUUGAAGGUCUACACUAACCACAAGAUGCUGGAUAAGGGGAAAGAUCUGGUGAAACGGAUGGUGGAGAGUGGGUGUACCUUUGAACCGUUGACUUGGGAUGCUAUUGUGAAGCUCUAUGUGGCGUCCGAUGAAGUUGUGAAAGCGAGUUCGAUUCUUGAGAAGGCGGUUAAGCAGAGUAGGAAUAAACCCAUGUUUUCGACUUAUCUGGCUGUUAUGAGUAAGUAUGCAGAGAGAGGUGAUGUGCAUAAUGCAGAGAGUAUAUUCUUGAUGAUGAAACGGGCCGGUUAUUCUACGAGGCUCCAGCUGUACCAUACGCUUCUUCAGGCGUACAUAAAUGCUAAGAUGCCGGUUUAUGGGUUCAGUGAUAGGAUGAAGGCUGAUAAUAUGUUUCCAAAUAAGGCUUUGGCAGCUCAGUUGGCGCGUGUUGAUGCGUUUAGGAAGUCACCCGUGGAUGAGUUGCUGGAGUGAGCCCCCUGCCGUUUUUUCGUUAGAAGUUUUGUUAUUUUUUAUGAAGAUGUGUUAAUCUUCUUUUUGUGUUCUUCUUUAAAGUAGUGUAGUAUUGAUGGUCUUUGUUAGAGAAUUUUAAGUGUAUAUUUGGGCUGAAGUUAGUUAAAAUUGUGGAAUUAUGGAUUGAGAAAAUGUUUCUUGAUUCUGGAUGUUUGUUUGAUUUUCUCGAUUUUUCCCGA